UGACCUUGCAAGAUGAGUCUGUACUAGCUUUUCAUGAUCAUCGCACUCAGUGGUCAACACGUGAAAGCGCGUUCAACGGGAGCUAGCAUGUUAGCAUCGAAUAUCAUCUUACUGAUAUGCGGUGUGUGCUAUGGUCAAACCAUCUCAGGAAUGCGACCAACUGGCGUCUACUUGACAAUAUCGUCGUACAGUAACCGUGGAAUCAAGCCCUUUUUUGAAGUGAACUGGUUCGGCAUGCCACAGCAAUACAUCGGUGUGGUGUCAGCAGUACUGUCCACAAAAAGUCGACCUCGAAGCUCUUCCGAUAUUCUAGCUAGCCAAAUUGUCAAGAACCCCACCGAAUCGUACACUACACGAAUUGUGGCACCGAGUUUUAACACCACCGUACUAAUCGAAGGAAGGUGCCUCGGAUACUGGGCCCUCAUAAUGGAAACGUCGUCUGCCGUCAAAUCGUCGAGUACUGCGAAAGUUCUUUACUCUUCAUGCUUCACACCUCAACCUCGAUGGAUGCGAGACAACUGCGGCACCGUGUUUGGGCUCAGGCUAACAGACAUGCUCAUCCCAGGAACACACAAUGCCGGAAUGUACAAGGCAGGGCCCAUGGCCCCCCAUGAACAGCUGAUAUAUGACCAAGAUCAAACCAUUUGGCAACAACUUGCCUACGGUAUUCGGGGCUUGGAUUUGAGGGUGCAGUUUAGCCGUGGCGACUAUUACAUCACGCAUGACGUAAUCCGAGGAAAACCAACCGUACGGGAAGUUCUAAGAGAGGUUCGUGAUUUCGUGGUACGUACGGGCGAAGUGGUGCUCUUAGAUUUUCACAGGUUCCCGAAAGGCUUCGAGAAAAAACGCAAAAUUGCCACAGAUCGACACGAAGGACUCGUGAAGCUAAUUGUGACUGAACUAGAAGAUGUACUCUUGAAAGGCGCGGACUACAUAAAGACUAUGGGUGAAAUAUUAGGCGGGUGUAGUAGCAGAGGCCGACCGCAGGGUCGUGUGUUGGUGUUCUACAAUUCUAGAGAAUACCAGGGACCUUACCAAGAGUAUCUAGCGCCUGGAGUAAGCCAAAAGUGGCCUAACGCACAGUCUAAGAGUGCACUGAUGCAAUAUCUAGAAACAAAGGCAUGCUUACGCGGUGUGCACUAUAUGAUUGCAAUAAUGGCGGAACUCACACCCAAGUUUCCCAAGUUUCUUAUUAGCACACGCAAGUUAGCGAAGUGGAUAAAUCACAAAAUUACGGAGUUUUUCAGGCGUCGGCAGAUGAAGUACUCAGGUAUUAUUGCGACAGAUUACUUUCUUGGAAACGGUAUAACUGAUGUAGCGAUAGAAGCCAACUGUUUGAGGGGUCGCCAGAUGCUACGUAACCACAAUAUGGGUCCCCGAAUGCAUUAAUGGCGACAGUAUGAAGCAGAAGGUUUGAGAAAAAUGUAGUUCCGGUUUAGAAGGACUGCAAUUUGAGCGAGUUUGUACUUCAACAUUGUGGUAUAUUGAGAGCGUAAAUAGACAAGAAACGAAGGAGCGAUCGUCUGUCUACCUCUGUCUUUCGUUUCUUGUCUACUUACGCACUAAGAAUACCACUUUAGUUCCUGUGCAUUCCAAAGCUGUAUUGCUUUCUGCACGCAUUAGCUCAAUUGUAACUUCGAGAAGCACACGCAAAAUAAAAUUUUGCAAUUAAUACGCUUUUGGCUUGAGAAACAAAUACCAAUUAUUAACUGAGGUAAAUCCUGAAAGCCGGUUCUACCAUACGUUAACUCACACUUGUUCUUAGUAGCCGAAUAAGCAUAUUUCCAAAUCCCAUGCCCACAUUUUGAUUGCAGGCAAAUAUAAAGGAGCUUUGGGUGCUGAAUCGUACGACAACUUGAUUAAGGAGCAUAUAUUGUACGGUUUUGAGAUUCUGAAAUUUAUGGGCACCGAAUAAAUAUAAUAACGUUACCCGAUCUGUAGAAAUUGUUCAUUUGAGUAUUUAUCUGGCGAUAAGUAUUAAUGUGUUGUAGGAAUAGUAACUAAAUUCUGAAAGACUAGACAACAACAGCAAACAGCUAUAAUAACACUAUUCGAAACUAACGUAAACGACAGUGAACGUAUGUAUAGAAAAUAAAGUUGGCUUCAAGAAAUA